GCAUCAGCUUUCCGCUUCGCCUCAAAUCGAUCCCAGUCCAGCAGAUCGAUGAAGGCGCGCCCAAGCAAUCGGAGGCGCGUCAGGCGCAGCUCGACACCACACGAUGUACGGGCAGAAUUCAGUCCAUCCGAAUUCCCACAGGACUUGACGAAGGCCAACAUGAGGUGCUUCCUGCGCUCGGCGGGGCUCGCUUCCAGCCAGCGCCGCUCGAAGUCGUCGUUCGCCAGAUGCUGUACGGCUUGGAUGGAGAGCACGCGUUGCGCAGAGAGCGUCAGCGACUUCAUCUCGUCGAGAUGGAACAUCAUGUCCUGCACCGCGUCCUCCGCGUCCAUCCGGAUGUUGUGCAGCAUCGACCCGUAGACGAAGUACGGGGCUCUGGCUGGCGCGAGUUGCGGCAGGCGCAAGACUUUCUCCCAGCCGUCGUUCCAGUCUUCGGCAUUCUCGAUCGCACGGUGGGGUGGGGGGAAGUGGAUCAUGGACUGCAUCGUGGGUGAAGAACGGGAAG